GCAGCUGCAGAACUGCCAUACUUUCAUUUGUGUUUGGACCACAGAUUAUUUACCACUGGACAAAGGGGUGGUUUCAAGGACUCUACCAUGAUUAUUUCUUUUCUCCUUUGCUUCAGCAUUUUGCUGGGCACUACAGCAGGGAGCCAUAAUGUUCGGAAUUCAGCAGCUAACAGUUAUUACAGACCAGGUUCAAGCAUAAACACCAAUUUGGGAUUCCAAAGGCACCUGAUUACCUUCACCAAUAAUACCAAAAAUCCAGCAGAAAAAGAAUAUGAUUCCUAUAAAAGUGAAUAUCUUCUUCGUAAACACGAAGUGGCCCCUGCCAAUUUUUCAAGAUGCUCUGACAAAGGAAUCUGCUCUACAUGGGGAGCCAAUCAUUUCUUUACCUUUGACAAUGACCUCUAUCAGUUCAGUGGUUCCUGCAACUAUGUUUUAGCUACUGUCUGCCACAGUACCACUCCAGAGUUCAACAUCCAAGUGCAGAGGUCAGGGGGAACCAGCAUAACCCGAACCAUCAUUCAGAUUGGCCUUAUCAAUGUGGUGAUCCAAGGGAGUACAGUUAUAGUAUUGGGAAGGACAAUUAAUUUGCCCUACACAGCAAAUGGGAUUGAGAUUACCAAAACUGGAGCUGUGACCAGACUCUAUGCUAAACAAAAGGAUUUUGAGCUCAUAGUAACAUGGAGCACAAACGGAAAUCUCAUGGUGGAAAUGGACAAGAAAUUUAUUAACAGAACGUGUGGACUCUGUGGAAACUAUAAUGGUAUCCCCAGGGAUGACUUUAUGGUGGAUGGAAAGUUAGCGAUGCCAUACCAGUUUGCUAACUUGCACCAGAUUGACGACCCUGGUGUAAUAUGCCCCCUUCAACUGCCCCCAGUCAAAACUGCACACAAAAAAAGCUAUACCGAUGAGUGCUUUGCUCUUCUGAAGCAAGUCUCCUCUUCAUGUGCGGUGUCCAAACUUCCUUUCCUGAAACUGUGCCAGCUGGACAUGCAAGACUGUGCCCAACCUGGUGCUAAAAGCUGUGCCUGUGCAACCCUUGCACAGUAUUCUAUGCGGUGUUCCAUGUGCAACCAACCCAUCAGUAAUUGGAGGACCAGCCAGCUAUGCCCCAUGGAAGCAUGUCCAUCUAACCAGAUAUACAAGGAGUGUGCAGCACCCUGCAGUCCCACUUGCUCUAAUCCUACCUAUACCUGCUCAUCACACUGUGUACAUGGAUGCUUUUGCCCACCAGGCACUGUCCUUGAUGACCUAUCAAAAAAUCUCACCUGUGUUCCCGUCAGCCAAUGCCCCUGUGUUGUUAAUGGAAAACUGUACACCCCGGGGGAACAAAUGAAAUCUGACUGCAGUGACUGCAAAUGCCGUAUGGGCCAGUGGAGCUGCACCAGCACCCCUUGUCCUGGGAGAUGUGCUUUAGAAGGGGGAUCAUUUGUUACAACAUUUGACACAAAUAUGUAUCGGUUCCACGGAGACUGUGUCUACAUUCUUGUCACUAGCCAAAAUCCAGACAACCAAUGGACUGUCAUGGCAACAUUUGAAAAGUGCGGUACAAGCAACACGGAAACCUGUCUGGAAAAUAUCAUCUAUACAGCGUCAACUGGAGCUAUAGUAAUAUCCAAAGAAGAUCACAUUACAGUGGACAGCCAGAUUAAACAGCUGCCUUUUAAUAGUGCGGAGGUCAAUGUUCUCAGAGUGUCCUCUACAAUCUUUGCCCUUAUCACGCCCUUUGGUCUGGAGAUUGUAAUUCAGAGAUCCCCAGUCAUGAAUGUCUACAUUAAGCUGAGCAGAAGCUAUUUUCGCACCACCAAAGGUCUGUGCGGUAACUUUAAUGGUGAGACCAUGGAUGACUAUCUGUCCAGCUCCGGGGUUAUAGAAGGAACAAUACCAACGUUUGUAGAUUCAUGGAAAGCAGCUUCAAAUUGCCAACCAGCACAAAACAGUGAUAUUAAUCCUUGCUCCUUGAGUAUCUCUAAUGAAAACUAUGCAAAAAGUCACUGCUCUGCACUGAUGGACGACAAAAGCCCAUUUGCAGCCUGCAGUGCUCUGGUGAACCCUGAACAAUAUUACAAGAAAUGUGUCUAUGAAGCUUGCAAUUACCAAGAGACCAAUAACUUCAUCUGUUCUGCUUUGGCCUCUUAUGCUCGAGCCUGUGCCACUAAAGGGGUCGUUCUAAAGAACUGGAGAGAAAGCACCAACUGUAUUGUUCAGUGCCCUGGCAAUCAGACUUACAGCUAUAACACCACCUCUUGUGGUCGAACCUGCCUAUCCCUGUCAAACAAAGAACUGGAAUGCUACCCUUAUGACAUCCCAGUGGAAGGCUGCAACUGCCCCACAGGAUUAUAUCUGGAUAAUAAAAAUAAUUGUGUAAAGAAAGAGAGUUGCCCUUGUUACCUGGAUUCUAAUACAAUUCUCUUACCCCAACAACAAACCACCUAUAACGGCCUCACAUGCCUAUGUUCAUCUGGAUCCCUGAACUGUAUUGGAGUUUUACAAGAUAUACAAGAAACUUGCCCUGCUCCUAAGGUGAUGAAGACAUGUGAUUCCCUGACGGAUAAGUUUGGUGCUGCCUGUGCCCCCACAUGCCAACUCCUGGCCACAGGAAUUAGCUGUAUUCCCACUAAGUGUGUAAGUGGAUGUGUUUGCCCUUCUGGUACAUAUGAAGACUUGGAUGGCAGCUGUGUGGCAAACACUGAUUGUUCAUGUGAAUUCGGGGGCGAGAUCUAUAAAACAGGAGAAACUAUGCAUAGUGAAUGCCAGACCUGCACAUGUAAUGGAGGCCAGUGGAACUGUGAGGCAAAUCUAAACUGUGCGUCCACUUGUGUGUUGUAUGGAGAGAGCCACAUCAAAACCUUUGAUGGGCAACAAUAUGUGUUUGAGGGAAACUGUGAAUAUACCCUAGUGACGGAUGGAUGUGGGGUCAACAACUCUUUGUCUUCAUUCAAGAUAGUGACAGAGAAUGUAGUCUGUGGCACAACUGGUGUCACCUGUUCUAGAGCAAUCACUGCAUCCAUUGGGGACACAACCUUGAAAAUGUUUGAUGAAAAAUACACCAUAACAGGAGGUAAAGAUGCAAAAGAUAUUAACGUGCUAAACAACACUCUCUUCAUCGAAUUUGUGAUCACCAUACCCAAUAAGUUUCGGAUCUCCAUUCUGUGGAAUAAAGAUAUGAAUGUAUUCAUCAAGGUUUUCAAGCUUGGCAAGCAAUCCGUCUGUGGCCUGUGUGGCAAUUAUAACGGGAACAUAAAGGAUGACUAUCAAACAAGGAGCAAGUAUGUAACCUCAAAUGCACUGGACUUUAUCAAUUCAUGGAGGGAAAGUCCAAUGUGCAAUAAUGUCAGAUUCAUAGUAAGCCCGUGUGAUGCAAAUCCGCAGCGCAAGACUUGGGCUGUAAACUCUUGCUCCGUUAUAAACAGCCCAACGUUUGAAGCCUGCCAGAAAGUGGUAAACAGUCAGUCAUACUAUGAUUCCUGUGUGAAUGACGCCUGUGGUUGUGAUACAGGAGGGGAUUGCACCUGCAUGUGUGAUGCUGUACAGGCCUAUGCCAAAGCUUGCCUGGCUGCUGGCAUUUGCGUUGACUGGAGAACACCAGACUUCUGCCCGGUUUAUUGUGACUACAAGAACACACACGUUGCUACAGAGAAUGGAUAUGUCUACAGUCCUGAUGUUAAUUGCACGUGGCAUUACCAGCCUUGCCAGUGCCCUUUUGCUCUUCAUGCCUAUCCAAACCAAAACUUUGAAGGUUGCUACCAGUGUGGACCCGAUAAAUUCUUUGACCCAGAAAAAAAUACUUGUGUGCCAUGUGAAAUACCCACAACAACAAUAGGACCAUCUACUACAACAGAAACAACAGUUUCCAAACCAGAGACAACUCCAGUAUCAACAUCAGCAACUGCAACACCAGUUUCCACAACUUCAGUAUCAACAUCAGCAACUUCAAUAUCAGUUUCCACGCCCAUAUCAACAUCAGCAACUGGAACACCAGUUUUAACAACAGAGACAACUUCAGUAUCAACACCAGCAACUGCAACAACCGUCCCCACAACUUCAGUAUCAACAUCAGCAACUUCAAUAUCAGUUUCCACAUCAGAGACAACGCCCAUAUCAACAUCAGCAACUGCAACACCAGUUUCAACAACAGAGACAACUUCAGUAUCAACACCAGCAACUGCAACAACCGUUUCUACAACUCCAGUAUCAACAUCAGCAACUUCAGUAUCAGUUUCUACAUCAGAGACAACGCCCAUAUCAACAUCAGCAACUGCAACACCAGUUUCAACAACAGAGACAACUUCAGUAUCAACACCAGCAACUGCAACAACUGUUUCCACAACUCCAGUAUCAACAUCCGCAACUACAAUAUCAGUUUCCACAUCAGAGACAACGCCCAUAUCAACAUCAGCCACUGCAACACCAGUUUCAACAACAGAGACAACUUCAGUAUCAACACCAGCAACUGCAACAACUGUUUCCACAACUCCAGUAUCAACAUCAGCAACUACAAUAUCAGUUUCCACAUCAGAGACAACGCCCAUAUCAACAUCAGCAACUGCAACACCAGUUUCAACAACCGAGACAACUUCAGUAUCAACACCAGCAACUGCAACAACUGUUUCCACAACUCCAGUAUCAACAUCCGCAACUACAAUAUCAGUUUCCACAUCAGAGACAACGCCCAUAUCAACAUCAGCAACUACAACACCAGUUUCAUCCAGCCCACCAGCCACAAUAACAACCCAUGAAACUUCAACUCCAAUUUCAACAUUGCCAAGCACACCUUCCACUACUCAUCCAACAACAUCAACAGUGACAACCACUUCUCCAAUUACAACGACAACUGAAACAACACACACACCAUUAACAUCCCCCACAAUAACUACGUCAAGCAAAACUUCAACUUCUCAUACAACAUUAACAAAUUCUCCUGUAACUACAUCCACUCCUUCUACAACACACACAUCAACAAUUUCUUCCACACCAAGUACAACUUCAACUACUCAUCCAACAUCAACUGUGACAUCCAGUACUCCAGUUACAGCUACAACUAAAACAACACAUACACCAUCCACAUCCUAUACAACUACCACUCCAAGCUUAACUCAUACAAUAACAUCUCAAAUAACAGCUACAACUGUAACUACAUCCACUCCAACAACAGCCCACACCUCAACAACUUCUCCAAUUACAACUACCACUCCAGGCACAACUUCAACUCAUACAACAUCAACAACUUCUCCAAUAACAACUACAACUGUAACUACAUCUACUCCAACUACAGCCCAUACAUCAACUUUUUCAGCACCAACUACAACUUCUUCUACUCAUCCAACAUCAACUGUGACAACCAGUACUCAACUUACAGCUACAACUAAAACAACACAUACACCAUCCACAUCCCACACAACUACCACUCCAAGCACAACUUCAACUCAUACAACAUCAACUUCUCCAAUAACAACUACCACUGUAACUACACCUACACCAACUACAACCCACACAUCAGCAACUUCUUCAACACCAACUACAACUUCUGCUACUCAUCCAACAUCAACUGUGACAACCAGUACUUCAGUUACAGCUACAACUAAAACAACACAUACACCAUCCACAUCCCACACAACAACCACUCCAAGCACAACUUCAACUCAUGCAACAGCAUCAACAACCUCUCCAAUAACAACUACAACUGUAACUACAUCUACUCAAACUACAGCUCACACAUCAGCAACUUCUUCUAGUCAUCCAUCAUCACCUGUGACAACCAGUUCUCCAAUUACAGCUACAACUAAAACAACACAAACCCCAUCCACACCCCAUACACCUACCACUCCAAGCACCACUCACACAACAUCAACAACUUCUCCAAUAACAACUACAUCUACUCCAACUACAACCCACACAUCAACAACUUCUUCAACACCAACUACAAUUUCUUCUACUCAUUCAUCACCUGUGACAACCAGUACUCUAGUUACAGCUACAACUAAAACAACACAUACCCCAUCCACAUCCCAUACAAUUACCACUCCAAGCACAACUUCAACUCAUACAACAACAUCAACUUCUCCAAUAACAACUACCACUGUAACUACAUCUACUCCAAGUACACGCCACACAUCAACAACUUCUUCAGCACCAACUACAACUGUAACUACAUCUACUCCAACUACAGCUCACACAUCAACAACUUCUUCUAUUCAUACAUCAUCACCUGUGACAACCAGUUCUCCGAUUACAGCUACAACUAAAACAACACAAACCCCAUCCACACCCCAUACACCUACCACUCCAAGCACCACUCACACAACAACAUCAACAACUUCUCCAAUAACAACUACAUCUACUCCAAGUACAACCCACACGUCAACAACUUCUUCAACACCAACUACAAUUUCUUCUACUCAUUCAUCAUCACCUGUGACAACCAGUACUUCACUUACAACUACAACUAAAACAACACAUACACCAUCCACAUCCCACACAACUACCACUCCAAGCACAACUUCAACUCAUGCAACAGCAUCAACAACUUCUCCAAUAACAACUACAACUGUAACUACAUCUACUCCAACUACAGCUCACACAUCAACAACUUCUUCUAGUCAUCCAUCAUCACCUGUGACAACCAGUUCUCCGAUUAUAGCUACAACUAAAACAACACAAACCCCAUCCACAUCCCAUACACCUACCACUCCAAGCACCACUCACACAACAACAUCAACAACUUCUCCAAUAACAACUACAUCUACUCCAACUACAACCCACACAUCAACAACUUCUUCAACACCAACUACAAUUUCUUCUACUCAUUCAUCAUCACCUGUGACAACCAGUACUUCAGUUACAACUACAACUAAAACAACACAUACACCAUCCACAUCCCACACAACUACCACUCCAAGCACAACUUCAACUCAUGCAACAGCAUCAACAACUUCUCCAAUAACAACUACAACUGUAACUACAUCUACUCCAACUACAGCUCACACAUCAACAACUUCUUCUAGUCAUCCAUCAUCACCUGUGACAACUAGUUCUCCGAUUACAGCUACAUCUAAAACAACACAAACCCCAUCCACAUCCCAUACACCUACCACUCCAAGCACCACUCACACAACAACAUCAACAACUUCUCCAAUAACAACUACAUCUACUCCAACUACAACCCACACAUCAACAACUUCUUCAGCACCAACUACAAUUUCUUCUACUCAUUCAUCAUCACCUGUGACAACCAGUUCUUCAGUUACAACUACAACUAAAACAACAAAUACACCAUCCACAUCCCACACAACUACCACUCCAAGCACAACUUCAACUCAUGCAACAGCAUCAACAACUUCUCCAAUAACAACUACAACUGUAACUACAUCUACUCCAACUACAGCUCACACAUCAACAACUUCUUCUAGUCAUCCAUCAUCACCUGUGACAACCAGUUCUCCGAUUACAGCUACAACAACUCAAACCCCAUCCACACCGCAUACACCUACCACUCCAAGCACCAGUCACACAACAACUUCUCCAAUAACAACUACAUCUACUCCAACUACAACCCACACAUCAACAACUUCUUCAACACCAACUACAACUUCUACUACUCAUCCAACAUCAACUGUGACAACCAGUACUUCAGUUACAACUACAACUAAAACAACACAUACACCAUCCACAUCCCACACAACUACCACUCCAAGCACAACUUCAACUCAUGCAACAGCAUCAACAACUUCUCCAAUAACAACUACAACUGUAACUACAUCUACUCCAACUACAGCUCACACAUCAACAACUUCUCCAAUAACAACUACAACUGUAACUACAUCUACUCCAACUACAGCUCACACAUCAACAACUUCUUCUAGUCAUCCAUCAUCACCUGUGACAACUAGUUCUCCGAUUACAGCUACAACUAAAACAACACAAACCCCAUCCACAUCCCAUACACCUACCACUCCAAGCACCACUCACACAACAACAUCAACAACUUCUCCAAUAACAACUACAUCUACUCCAACUACAACCCACACAUCAACAACUUCUUCAACACCAACUACAAUUUCUUCUACUCAUUCAUCAUCACCUGUGACAACCAGUACUUCAGUUACAACUACAACUAAAACAACACAUACACCAUCCACAUCCCACACAACUACCACUCCAAGCACAACUUCAACUCAUGCAACAGCAUCAACAACUUCUCCAAUAACAACUACAACUGUAACUACAUCUACUCCAACUACAGCUCACACAUCAACAACUUCUUCUAGUCAUCCAUCAUCACCUGUGACAACCAGUUCUCCGAUUACAGCUACAACAACUCAAACCCCAUCCACACCCCAUACACCUACCACUCCAAGCACCAGUCACACAACAACUUCUCCAAUAACAACUACAUCUACUCCAACUACAACCCACACAUCAACAACUUCUUCAACACCAACUACAACUUCUACUACUCAUCCAACAUCAACUGUGACAACCAGUACUUCAGUUACAACUACAACUAAAACAACACAUACACCAUCCACAUCCCACACAACUACCACUCCAAGCACAACUUCAACUCAUGCAACAGCAUCAACAACUUCUCCAAUAACAACUACAACUGUAACUACAUCUACUCCAACUACAGCUCACACAUCAACAACUUCUCCAAUAACAACUACAACUGUAACUACAUCUACUCCAACUACAGCUCACACAUCAACAACUUCUUCUAGUCAUCCAUCAUCACCUGUGACAACUAGUUCUCCGAUUACAGCUACAACUAAAACAACACAAACCCCAUCCACAUCCCAUACACCUACCACUCCAAGCACCACUCACACAACAACAUCAACAACUUCUCCAAUAACAACUACAUCUACUCCAACUACAACCCACACAUCAACAACUUCUUCAACACCAACUACAAUUUCUUCUACUCAUUCAUCAUCACCUGUGACAACCAGUACUUCAGUUACAACUACAACUAAAACAACACAUACACCAUCCACAUCCCACACAACUACCACUCCAAGCACAACUUCAACUCAUGCAACAGCAUCAACAACUUCUCCAAUAACAACUACAACUGUAACUACAUCUACUCCAACUACAGCUCACACAUCAACAACUUCUUCUAGUCAUCCAUCAUCACCUGUGACAACCAGUUCUCCGAUUACAGCUACAACAACUCAAACCCCAUCCACACCCCAUACACCUACCACUCCAAGCACCAGUCACACAACAACUUCUCCAAUAACAACUACAUCUACUCCAACUACAACCCACACAUCAACAACUUCUUCAACACCAACUACAACUUCUACUACUCAUCCAACAUCAACUGUGACAACCAGUACUUCAGUUACAACUACAACUAAAACAACACAUACGCCAUCCAUAUCCCACACAACUACCACUCCAAGCACAACUUCAACUCAUGCAACAGCAUCAACAACUUCUCCAAUAACAACUACAACUGUAACUACAUCUACUCCAACUACAGCUCACACAUCAACAACUUCUUCUAGUCAUCCAUCAUCACCUGUGACAACCAGUUCUCCGAUUACAGCUACAACAACUCAAACCCCAUCCACACCCCAUACACCUACCACUCCAAGCACCAGUCACACAACAACUUCUCCAAUAACAACUACAUCUACUCCAACUACAACCCACACAUCAACAACUUCUUCAACACCAACUACAACUUCUACUACUCAUCCAACAUCAACUGUGACAACCAGUACUUCAGUUACAACUACAACUAAAACAACACAUACACCAUCCACAUCCCACACAACUACCACUCCAAGCACAACUUCAACUCAUGCAACAGCAUCAACAACUUCUCCAAUAACAACUACAACUGUAACUACAUCUACUCCAACUACAGCUCACACAUCAACAACUUCUCCAAUAACAACUACAACUGUAACUACAUCUACUCCAACUACAGCUCACACAUCAACAACUUCUUCUAGUCAUCCAUCAUCACCUGUGACAACUAGUUCUCCGAUUACAGCUACAACUAAAACAACACAAACCCCAUCCACAUCCCAUACACCUACCACUCCAAGCACCACUCACACAACAACAUCAACAACUUCUCCAAUAACAACUACAUCUACUCCAACUACAACCCACACAUCAACAACUUCUUCAACACCAACUACAAUUUCUUCUACUCAUUCAUCAUCACCUGUGACAACCAGUACUUCAGUUACAACUACAACUAAAACAACACAUACACCAUCCACAUCCCACACAACUACCACUCCAAGCACAACUUCAACUCAUGCAACAGCAUCAACAACUUCUCCAAUAACAACUACAACUGUAACUACAUCUACUCCAACUACAGCUCACACAUCAACAACUUCUUCUAGUCAUCCAUCAUCACCUGUGACAACCAGUUCUCCGAUUACAGCUACAACAACUCAAACCCCAUCCACACCCCAUACACCUACCACUCCAAGCACCAGUCACACAACAACUUCUCCAAUAACAACUACAUCUACUCCAACUACAACCCACACAUCAACAACUUCUUCAACACCAACUACAACUUCUACUACUCAUCCAACAUCAACUGUGACAACCAGUACUUCAGUUACAACUACAACUAAAACAACACAUACGCCAUCCAUAUCCCACACAACUACCACUCCAAGCACAACUUCAACUCAUGCAACAGCAUCAACAACUUCUCCAAUAACAACUACAACUGUAACUACAUCUACUCCAACUACAGCUCACACAUCAACAACUUCUUCUAGUCAUCCAUCAUCACCUGUGACAACCAGUUCUCCGAUUACAGCUACAACUAAAACAACACAAACCCCAUCCACACCCCAUACACCUACCACUCCAAGUACCAGUCACACAACAACUUCUCCAAUAACAACUACAUCUACUCCAACUACAACCCACACAUCAACAACUUCUUCAACACCAACUACAACUUCUACUACUCAUCCAACAUCAACUGUGACAGCCAGUACUUCAGUUACAACUACAACUAAAACAACACAUACACCAUCCAUAUCCCACACAACUACCACUCCAAGCACAACUUCAACUCAUGCAACAGCAUCAACAACUUCUCCAAUAACAACUACAACUGUAACUACAUCUACUCCAACUACAGCUCACACAUCAACAACUUCUUCUAGUCAUCCAUCAUCACCUGUGACAACCAGUUCUCCGAUUACAGCUACAACUAAAACAACACAAACCCCAUCCACAUCCCAUACACCUACCACUCCAAGCACCACUCGCACAACAACAUCAACAACUUCUCCAUUAACAACUACAUCUACUCCAACUACAACCCACACAUCAACAACUUCUUCAACACCGACUACAAUUUCUUCUACUCAUUCAUCAUCACCUAUGACAACUAGUACUUCAGUUACAACUACAACUAAAACAACACAUACACCAUCCACAUCCCACACAACUACCACUCCAAGCACAACUUCAACUCAUGCAACAGCAUCAACAACUUCUCCAAUAACAACUACAACUGUAACUACAUCUACUCCAACUACAGCUCACACAUCAACAACUUCUUCUAGUCAUCCAUCAUCACCUGUGACAACCAGUUCUCCGAUUACAGCUACAACAACACAAACCCCAUCCACACCCCAUACACCUACCACUCCAAGCACCAGUCACACAACAACUUCUCCAAUAACAACUACAUCUACUCCAACUACAACCCACACAUCAACAACUUCUUCAACACCAACUACAAUUUCUUCUACUCAUUCAACACCAACUACAACCCACACAUCAACAACUUCUUCAACACCAACUACAACUUCUAUUACUCAUCCAACAUCAACUGUGACAACCAGUACUUCAGUUACAACUACAACAACACAUACACCAUCCAUAUCCCACACAACUACCACUCCAAGCACAACUUCAACUCAUGCAACAGCAUCAACAACUUCUCCAAUAACAACUACAACUGUAACUACAUCUACUCCAACUACAGCUCACACAUCAACAACUUCUUCUAGUCAUCCAUCAUCACCUGUGACAACUAGUUCUCCGAUUACAGCUACAACUAAAACAACACAAACCCCAUCCACAUCCCAUACACCUACCACUCCAAGCACCACUCACACAACAACAUCAACAACUUCUCCAUUAACAACUACAUCUACUCCAACAACAACCCACACAUCAACAACUUCUUCAACACCAACUACAAUUUCUUCUACUCAUUCAUCAUCACCUGUGACAACCAGUACUUCAGUUACAACUACAACUAAAACAACACAUACACCAUCCACAUCCCACACAACUACCACUCCAAGCACAACUUCAACUCAUGCAACAGCAUCAACAACUUCUCCAAUAACAACUACAACUGUAACUACAUCUACUCCAACUACAGCUCACACAUCAACAACUUCUUCUAGUCAUUCAUCAUCACCUGUGACAACCAGUUCUCCGAUUACAGCUACAACUAACACAACACAAACCCAGUCCACAUCCCAUACACCUACCACUCCAAGCACCACUCACACAACAACAUCAACAACUUCUCCAAUAACAACUACAUCUACUCCAACUACAACCCACACAUCAACAACUUCUUCAGCACCAACUACAAUUUCUUCUACUCAUUCAUCAUCACCUGUGACAACCAGUUCUUCAGUUACAACUACAACUAAAACAACAAAUACACCAUCCACAUCCCACACAACUACCACUCCAAGCACAACUUCAACUCAUGCAACAGCAUCAACAACUUCUCCAAUAACAACUACAACUGUAACUACAUCUACUCCAACUACAGCUCACACAUCAACAACUUCUUCUAGUCAUCCAUCAUCACCUGUGACAACCAGUUCUCCGAUUACAGCUACAACAACUCAAACCCCAUCCACACCCCAUACACCUACCACUCCAAGCACCAGUCACACAACAACUUCUCCAAUAACAACUACAUCUACUCCAACUACAACCCACACAUCAACAACUUCUUCAACACCGACUUCAAUUUCUUCUACUCAUUCAUCAUCACCUGUGACAACUAGUACUUCAGUUACAACUACAACUAAAACAACACAUACACCAUCCACAUCCCACACAACUACCACUCCAAGCACAGCAUCAACAACUUCUCCAAUAACAACUACAACUGUAACUACAUCUACUCCAACUACAGCUCACACAUCAACAACUUCUUCUAGUCAUCCAUCAUCACCUGUGACAACCAGUUCUCCGAUUACAGCUACAACUAAAACAACACAAACCCCAUCCACAUCCCAUACACCUACCACUCCAAGCACCACUCACACAACAACAUCAACAACUUCUCCAAUAACAACUACAUCUACUCCAACUACAACCCACACAUCAACAACUUCUUCAGCACCAACUACAAUUUCUUCUACUCAUUCAUCAUCACCUGUGACAACCAGUUCUUCAGUUACAACUACAACUAAAACAACACAUACACCAUCCACAUCCCACACAACUACCACUCCAAGCACAACUUCAACUCAUGCAACAGCAUCAACAACUUCUCCAAUAACAACUACAACUGUAACUACAUCUACUCCAACUACAGCUCACACAUCAACAACUUCUUCUAGUCAUUCAUCAUCACCUGUGACAACCAGUUCUCCGAUUACAGCUACAACUAACACAACACAAACCCAGUCCACAUCCCAUACACCUACCACUCCAAGCACCACUCACACAACAACAUCAACAACUUCUCCAAUAACAACUACAUCUACUCCAACUACAACCCACACAUCAACAACUUCUUCAGCACCAACUACAAUUUCUUCUACUCAUUCAUCAUCACCUGUGACAACCAGUUCUUCAGUUACAACUACAACUAAAACAACAAAUACACCAUCCACAUCCCACACAACUACCACUCCAAGCACAACUUCAACUCAUGCAACAGCAUCAACAACUUCUCCAAUAACAACUACAACUGUAACUACAUCUACUCCAACUACAGCUCACACAUCAACAACUUCUUCUAGUCAUCCAUCAUCACCUGUGACAACCAGUUCUCCGAUUACAGCUACAACAACUCAAACCCCAUCCACACCCCAUACACCUACCACUCCAAGCACCAGUCACACAACAACUUCUCCAAUAACAACUACAUCUACUCCAACUACAACCCACACAUCAACAACUUCUUCAACACCGACUUCAAUUUCUUCUACUCAUUCAUCAUCACCUGUGACAACUAGUACUUCAGUUACAACUACAACUAAAACAACACAUACACCAUCCACAUCCCACACAACUACCACUCCAAGCACAGCAUCAACAACUUCUCCAAUAACAACUACAACUGUAACUACAUCUACUCCAACUACAGCUCACACAUCAACAACUUCUUCUAGUCAUCCAUCAUCACCUGUGACAACCAGUUCUCCGAUUACAGCUACAACUAAAACAACACAAACCCCAUCCACAUCCCAUACACCUACCACUCCAAGCACCACUCACACAACAACAUCAACAACUUCUCCAAUAACAACUACAUCUACUCCAACUACAACCCACACAUCAACAACUUCUUCAGCACCAACUACAAUUUCUUCUACUCAUUCAUCAUCACCUGUGACAACCAGUUCUUCAGUUACAACUACAACUAAAACAACACAUACACCAUCCACAUCCCACACAACUACCACUCCAAGCACAACUUCAACUCAUGCAACAGCAUCAACAACUUCUCCAAUAACAACUACAACUGUAACUACAUCUACUCCAACUACAGCUCACACAUCAACAACUUCUUCUAGUCAUCCAUCAUCACCUGUGACAACCAGUUCUCCGAUUACAGCUACAACAACACAAACCCCAUCCACACCCCAUACACCUACCACUCCAAGCACCAGUCACACAACAACUUCUCCAAUAACAACUACAUCUACUCCAACUACAACCCACACAUCAACAACUUCUUCAACACCAACUACAAUUUCUUCUACUCAUUCAACACCAACUACAACCCACACAUCAACAACUUCUUCAACACCAACUACAACUUCUAUUACUCAUCCAACAUCAACUGUGACAACCAGUACUUCAGUUACAACUACAACAACACAUACACCAUCCAUAUCCCACACAACUACCACUCCAAGCACAACUUCAACUCAUGCAACAGCAUCAACAACUUCUCCAAUAACAACUACAACUGUAACUACAUCUACUCCAACUACAGCUCACACAUCAACAACUUCUUCUAGUCAUCCAUCAUCACCUGUGACAACUAGUUCUCCGAUUACAGCUACAACUAAAACAACACAAACCCCAUCCACAUCCCAUACACCUACCACUCCAAGCACCACUCACACAACAACAUCAACAUCUUCUCCAUUAACAACUACAUCUACUCCAACAACAACCCACACAUCAACAACUUCUUCAACACCAACUACAAUUUCUUCUACUCAUUCAUCAUCACCUGUGACAACCAGUACUUCAGUUACAACUACAACUAAAACAACACAUACACCAUCCACAUCCCACACAACUACCACUCCAAGCACAACUUCAACUCAUGCAACAGCAUCAACAACUUCUCCAAUAACAACUACAACUGUAACUACAUCUACUCCAACUACAGCUCACACAUCAACAACUUCUUCUAGUCAUUCAUCAUCACCUGUGACAACCAGUUCUCCGAUUACAGCUACAACUAACACAACACAAACCCAGUCCACAUCCCAUACACCUACCACUCCAAGCACCACUCACACAACAACAUCAACAACUUCUCCAAUAACAACUACAUCUACUCCAACUACAACCCACACAUCAACAACUUCUUCAGCACCAACUACAAUUUCUUCUACUCAUUCAUCAUCACCUGUGACAACCAGUUCUUCAGUUACAACUACAACUAAAACAACAAAUACACCAUCCACAUCCCACACAACUACCACUCCAAGCACAACUUCAACUCAUGCAACAGCAUCAACAACUUCUCCAAUAACAACUACAACUUUCUCGAUUACAGCUACAACAACUCAAACCCCAUCCACACCCCAUACACCUACCACUCCAAGCACCAGUCACACAACAACUUCUCCAAUAACAACUACAUCUACUCCAACUACAACCCACACAUCAACAACUUCUUCAACACCGACUUCAAUUUCUUCUACUCAUUCAUCAUCACCUGUGACAACUAGUACUUCAGUUACAACUACAACUAAAACAACACAUACACCAUCCACAUCCCACACAACUACCACUCCAAGCACAGCAUCAACAACUUCUCCAAUAACAACUACAACUGUAACUACAUCUACUCCAACUACAGCUCACACAUCAACAACUUCUUCUAGUCAUCCAUCAUCACCUGUGACAACCAGUUCUCCGAUUACAGCUACAACUAAAACAACACAAACCCCAUCCACAUCCCAUACACCUACCACUCCAAGCACCACUCACACAACAACAUCAACAACUUCUCCAUUAACAACUACAUCUACUCCAACUACAACCCACACAUCAACAACUUCUUCAACACCGACUACAAUUUCUUCUACUCAUUCAUCAUCACCUGUGACAACUAGUACUUCAGUUACAACUACAACUAAAACAACACAUACACCAUCCACAUCCCACACAACUACCACUCCAAGCACAACUUCAACUCAUGCAACAGCAUCAACAACUUCUCCAAUAACAACUACAACUGUAACUACAUCUACUCCAACUACAGCUCACACAUCAACAACUUCUUCUAGUCAUCCAUCAUCACCUGUGACAACCAGUUCUCCGAUUACAGCUACAACAACACAAACCCCAUCCACACCCCAUACACCUACCACUCCAAGCACCAGUCACACAACAACUUCUCCAAUAACAACUACAUCUACUCCAACUACAACCCACACAUCAACAACUUCUUCAACACCAACUACAAUUUCUUCUACUCAUUCAACACCAACUACAACCCACACAUCAACAACUUCUUCAACACCAACUACAACUUCUACUACUCAUCCAACGUCAACUCACAACUUCAACUCAUGCAACAGCAUCAACAACUUCUCCAAUAACAACUACAACUGUAACUACAUCUACUCCAACUACAGCUCACACAUCAUCAACACUUCUUCUAGUCAUCCAUCAUCACCUGUGACAACCAGUUCUCCGAUUACAGCUACAACUAAAACAACACAAACCCCAUCCACAUCCCAUACACCUACCACUCCAAGCACCACUCACACAACAACAUCAACAACUUCUCCAUUAACAACUACAUCUACUCCAACAACAACCCACACAUCAACAACUUCUUCAACACCAACUACAAUUUCUUCUACUCAUUCAUCAUCACCUGUGACAACCAGUACUUCAGUUACAACUACAACUAAAACAACACAUACACCAUCCACAUCCCACACAACUACCACUCCAAGCACAACUUCAACUCAUGCAACAGCAUCAACAACUUCUCCAAUAACAACUACAACUGUAACUACAUCUACUCCAACUACAGCUCACACAUCAACAACUUCUUCUAGUCAUCCAUCAUCACCUGUGACAACCAGUUCUCCGAUUACAGCUACAACUAAAACAACACAAACCCCAUCCACACCCCAUACACCUACCACUCCAAGUACCAGUCACACAACAACUUCUCCAAUAACAACUACAUCUACUCCAAGUACAACCCACACGUCAACAACUUCUUCAACACCAAUUACAAUUUCUUCUACUCAUUCAUCAUCACCUGUGACAACCAGUACUUCAGUUACAACUACAACUAAAACAACACAUACACCAUCCAUAUCCCACACAACUACCACUCCAAGCACAACUUCAACUCAUGCAACAGCAUCAACAACUUCUCCAAUAACAACUACAACUGUAACUACAUCUACUCCAACUACAGCACACACAUCAACAACUUCUUCUAGCCAUCCAUCAUCACCUGUGACAAGCAGUUCUCCGAUUACAGCUACAACUAAAACAACACAAACCCCAUCUACAUCCCAUACACCUACCACUCCAAGCACCACUCACACAACAACAUCAACAACUUCUCCAAUAACAACUACAUCUACUCCAACUGCAACCCACACAUCAACAACUUCGUCAACACCAACUACAAUUUCUUCUACUCAUUCAUCAUCACCUGUGACAACCAGUACUUCAGUUACAACUACAACUAAAACAACACAUACACCAUCCACAUCCCACACAACUACCACUCCAAGCACAACUUCAACUCAUGCAACAGCAUCAACAACUUCUCCAAUAACAACUACAACUGUAACUACAUCUACUCCAACUACAGCUCACACAUCAACAACUUCUUCUAGUCAUCCAUCUUCACCUGUGACAACCAGUUCUCCGGUUACAGCUACAACUAAAACAACACAAACCCCAUCCACAUCCCAUACACCUACCACUCCAAGCACCACUCACACAACAACAUCAACAACUUCUCCAAUAACAACUACAUCUACUCUAACUACAACCCACACAUCAACGACUUCUUCAAAACCAACUACAAUUUCUUCUACUCAUUCAUCAUCACCUGUGACAACCAGUACUUCAGUUACAACUACAAGUAAAACAACACAUACACCAUCCACAUCCCAUACAAUUACCACUCCAAGCACAACUUCAACUCAUACAACAACAUCAACUUCUCCAAUAACAAUUACCACUGUAACUACAUCUACUCCAAGUACAACCCACACAUCAACAACUUCUUCAACACCAACUACAACUUCUACUACGCAUCCAGCAUCGUCUGUGACAACCGGCACUCCGAUUACAGCUACAACGAAAACAACACAAACCCCAUCUACAGUCCAUACAGCUUCCACUCCAAGCACAACUUCAACUCAUACAACAUCAACAAUUUCUCCAAUAACAACUACAACUGUAACUACAUCUACACCAACUACAACCCACACAUCAACAACUUCUUCUAGUCAUCCAUCAUCACCUGUGACAACCAGUUCUCCGAUUACAGCUACAACUAAAACAACACAAACCCCAUCCACAUCCCAUACACCUACCACUCCAAGCACCACUCACACAACAACAUCAACAACUUCUCCAAUAACAACUACAACCCACACAUCAACAACUUCUUCAACACCAACUACAACUUCUACUACGCAUCCAGCAUCAACUGUGACAACCGGUACUCCGAUUACAGCUACAACAAAAACAACACAAACCCCAUUUACAGUCCAUACAGCUUCCACUCCAAGCACAACUUCAACUCAUGCAACAGCAUCAACAACUUCUCCAAUAACAACUACAACUGUAACUACAUCUACACCAACUACAACCCACACAUCAGCAACUUCUUCAACACCAACUACAACUUCUUCUACUCAUCCAACAUCAACUGUGACAACCAGUACUUCAGUUACAGCUACAACUAAAACAACACAUACACCAUCCACAUCCCACACAACUACCACUCCGAGCACAACUUCAACUCAUGCAAUAGCAUCAACAACCUCUCCAAUAACAACUACAACUGUAACUACAUCUACUCCAACUACAGCUCACACAUCAGCAACUUCUUCUAGUCAUCCAUCAUCACCUGUGACAACCAGUUCUCCGAUUACAUCUACAACUAAAACAACACAAACCCCAUCCACACCCCAUGCACCUACCACUCCAAGCACCACUCACACAACAACAACUUCUUCAACACCAACUACAAUUUCUUCUACUCAUUCAUCACCUGUGACAACUAGUACUCCAGUUACAGCUACAACUGAAACAUCGCAUACACCAUUCACUUCUUAUACAACAACCAUUUCAAGCACACGUUCUACUUCUCCUGUAACAACAUCAACAUCACCAACAACUUCACCACUGCAUCCAACAUCACCUGUUACUUCUCCGGUUACCAGUUCAACAAUAAGCAGUACAUCAACAGUUCAUACAACAACAAGCAGUUCUUCCGUACCUCCCACCAGAACCUUAAUCACCCAUCCAAUAACCCCUACCAUAAUUUAUCCUUCUUCAACCCAUCCUCCCCCAACAGCUCCUAUUGAACUUCCAACUUCAACACUUUAUUCAACAAGCCUGUCAACAGAAAGGACAUCAACAACAAUCACUACUGUGACUCCAAGGCCUUCAACUUCUCCUGUCAUAGUCAAAACAACACCAACCAGUAAUACAACGCAUUCUGCAACCACCACCAGUCCUAUAACAUCUACAAGGUUAACAACUUCAGAAACAACAUAUCCCUCAAGCUCCUUGACAUCAACAAUUACACUUCCAAUUAGCACUACCAACAUAACAGUCACACCAAUCACAUCAACUGCCACCUCAACUGCAACAACCACUCAAACAAAACAUACAGAUACUUCCAUUCAUACCACAACAAUCGGCACCUUUUCCCCAUCCAUUACUGUUACUAUACCAGUUACCUCCAGCACUCCCAAAGAAAACACAACAGCUCAUACCAGUGAGUCCUCAUCCAAGCCCUCUCCUGCCACAAAACCUGACUUUAUUCCGAGCACUGCCCCAGCAAGUGUAUGCAGUAUCCACCAUUUCCAGCACACAAUAAAAAAUGGUAGCUGCUCUGCCAGUGUCACACUCACCAAAUGCCGUGGCUUCUGUGAAUCCGAGUCAUGGUACAACGAGGACUUCACGUCAGUGGAGGAAAGGUGUGGAUGUUGUAUGCCCGUCCGCAGCACCGCACAAAGCAAGGAUGUCGAUCUGAAGUGCCCCGACCCUACAAAAUCAGUCACGGUCACCAUCAAGAUCUUCACUGAAUGCAUAUGCAACUUUAAGCCAUGCGCUAAUCCCACUCCACCUCCAGCAUAGGCUUCCGAGGAGCAGUAACCGGGCCCAGAGCAUGACAAGAUCCUACAUAAGAAACUGUCAGCUGCAUUUUUCUCUGGAAGACCAGUGCCCUGUCCUCUUAUCCUUGUUAUUUAUGUUGCCAGUGAGCAUUCUUCUUAAAGUCUGUAUUUAUAGAACAUAGCCUGAUCUUUAUGGUAAUCCUUGUAACCUAGAAUAAAUGUCCUAAUAGUAUUAGUCCAAGUUUACCCAUAAUCCUUAGGGUAGACUGUUGCUCCUAAUCUUUCAUGUCAAAUACCUGAUUUGUUAAGGGAUAAUGAAUUGUUCCCUUUCCUUUGAAAGAAUAAAGUUUCUAUCUCGCA